AUGGCGCUGCUGUACCGCGCGACGCGGCUCAAGGACCGCGCCGACACCCACGUGUUCACCUUCGUGGUGACACGCUCGGCCACGCGCGAGCCCGACCGCGAUGUCACCUCCAAAGACUUCUGCUGCGCGCACCAGCGCUGGGCGGUCGCUUUCAGUCGCACCGAUGCAUCACUCGGUGUGUACUUGGUGUGGCGUGGCGCGUGCGAAGGAAUGCGGGUGUAUGUCGAUUUUACAUUCACGCUCCUCAGCCGCGAUCAUUUUACGGCCAAUGAAGGGUUUUCCGGCAAACAGGUGCGUUUCAGCGCAGGCUGCGCUGCGCAGGGCCGAGGUCGCUGUGUGUCCAUCGCCGAACUUAACACCAAGUUCGCUGAUGCGAGGGGUGAGUUCCAACUGGAACUCAGUAUGUCACGGGUGCGCACGCUAUACUCUUGUGAACUACGCGCACCCCGCCUUGAUACACCACCCAUAGCUUUCGCCGGAUUUGACUGGCAGGUGUCGGCAACUGGCGGCGGUGGCAAGGAACCGCUGACAUUACGGUUAAUGAGAUUAUCAGGGGAAGGACAACGCUGUCGCGUAAGAUAUGCACUUGCACUUGGCGAAGGCGAAAGAAGACUACAUUCAGGCCCGUUGGAGUGUGUUUGUGACGCUGACGGACGAACGCCACCCUGGAACCCUCGACCACCAUCCCGACUUCUAACAAAAGGGGUUCGGUUAACUGUAGAACUAGUAUGGGCGCGUGCACUGGCCGAACUGGCGGUGCCGGCAGCGGGCCGCGCGGCUACGUGCUACGACCGCGACAAGCAGGCGUGGGCGGUGCGCUGCGACAUGCACUCUGAGAUGGUGAGACUGCAUAUGUUGUACCGGGACGUGCACCACGUGCCACGCAACCACUUGCGUUAUGUGAGCUGGUCGGCCUGGCUUGUGAGAUCAGGUGUCGCAGCUGGUGAACCUGAUGCGGAAGAACUACCUGGAGCACCCUUCGAGCAUUACUAUGCACAAGACAGUGCUGAUGAAGGGCUCAUGAUGGAAACAGCAUUACGCGUAGAGGACAUGUCACGACCUGGGAGCGCAUUCUUACAUCCAGGUGGUGAACUACGUGUACGUCUCGAAUGGGGCGAUACUUACCUACUCUUUCAAGCUACUUAUCAUGUCUAUGAUGACCUUUGUCGGCUGCACGCGCAUCAAAUGAGGCGCGAGAUUGCUGUUCUUCAGGCGGAGAACUAUUCGUUGGAGCGACAGCUGUUCAGCUAUCAAAAAAGCCUGGCCUACGCACAGGCGCAGGCAGGUGAACCGGCAGUGGCGGAGACGAGUGGAAGGCGUUCCCCCGCGGAGCGCUCGCUCUCUACCGACACAGAGUACGCGUGA